GCAGAAACGCACAGCAGAGACGUCACGGGCGCGCCGAGGCCUUGAGGACGGUGUCCGGCGCGGCUCAGUAAUGCUCGCAUAGUUGGCGAACUGUGAGGAAGGAGAGACGUUCUGUGGAGUUACGCGGCGGCGAGGCGAGGUUCACUCUCCAUUCCUUUGUGACCGUUCCCAGCUUCUCAUCCAGAACCCACCACACUGACAGUUCCACUCAACCUCCACUGCCUUCCCAGUGACAUACCUAAAUUGCUUGAAUAGCAGUGAGGAGGGUCCUUCUACACCAGCGAGUGAUCAGAUAUAAAACAAAGAACUGCCUUGUACAAAGCCAGAACAGAUACAUUGACAGAAUCAUCAGGAAGGAUAAUAGGUAGGGGCCCAGCCUCAGCACCAUCAUCUCUCACGUUGGCUGCCGAAGACCCUCCUAAUUGAUCUCUGUGUCUACCUGACCCCCAGUAGUCCGCUCUUCAUAUAGCUUUCACUGUGACUGUGGCUGUCGCAGAGGAGGAAUGAUAGUGGACAGCCUCUCACUGUGCUACCGCAACAAACUCAUCUUAGCCCCUAUGGUUCGGGUAGGGACUCUCCCAAUGCGGCUGCUGGCCCUGGAUUAUGGAGCGGACAUUGUGUACUGUGAGGAGCUGAUUGACCUCAAGAUGCUUCAGUGCAAGAGAGUCGUCAACGAGGUGCUCAGCACAGUGGACUUUGUCGCCCCUGAUGACCGAGUUGUCUUCCGCACCUGUGAAAGAGAACAGCGCAGGGUUGUCUUCCAGAUGGGGACUUCAGAUGAAACGCGAGCCCUUGCUGUGGCCAAACUUGUAGAAAAUGAUGUGGCUGGUAUCGAUGUGAACAUGGGCUGUCCAAAAGAGUAUUCCACCAAGGGAGGAAUGGGAGCUGCUUUGCUGUCAGACCCUGACAAGAUUGAGAAGAUCCUCAGCACUCUUGUUAAAGGGACACGCAGACCUGUGACCUGCAAGAUUCGCAUUCUGCCAUCGAUGGAAGAUACCCUGAGCCUUGUGAAGCGGAUAGAGAGGACUGGCAUUGCUGCCAUCGCAGUUCAUGGGAGGAAGCGGGAGGAGCGACCCCAGCACCCUGUCAGCUGUGAAGCCAUCAAAGCCAUUGCUGAAACCCUGUCCAUUCCUGUCAUAGCCAAUGGAGGAUCUCAUGACCACAUCCACGAGUAUGUGGACAUAGAGGAUUUUCGACAAGCCACAGCAGCCUCUUCAGUGAUGGUGGCCCGAGGGGCCAUGUGGAACCCAUCCAUCUUCCUCAAGGAGGGUCUUCGGCCCCUGGAGGAGGUCAUGCAGAAGUACAUCCAAUACGCUGUGAAGUACGACAACCACUACACCAACACCAAGUACUGCUUGUGCCAGAUGCUCCGAGAACAGCUGGAGUCGUCCCAGGGAAGGUUGCUCCAUGCUGCCCAGUCUUCCCGGGAAAUUUGUGAGGCUUUUGGCCUUGGUACCUUCUAUGAAGACACCACACGAGAGCGUGCCCGGCAGGCUGAGCUGUUGGCCAAGACCCCAGAGGAGCCAGGGGAACCAGCUGAAGACACCUCUGGUGUCAUUCAGAUGGCUGUCAAGUUUGAACGGAGAGCAUAUUCACCCCAGAUCACCCCCAAGAUGUGCCUGCUGGAGUGGUGCCGGAGGGAGAAGUUGGCACAGCCUGUGUAUGAAACGGUUCAGCGCCCCCUGGAUCGUCUCUUCUGUUCUGUUGUCACUGUUGCUGACCAAAAGUACCAGUCCACCUUGUGGGCCAAGUCGAAGAAACUGGCGGAGCAGGCUGCGGCCAUCAUCUGUCUGCGGAGCCAGGGCCUCCCUGAGGGUCGGCUGGGUGAGGAGAGCCCCUCCUUGCACAAGCGCAAGCGGGAGGCCCCUGGCCAAGACCCUGGGGAAUCCAGAACUCAGGAGGCAGCAGUGCCUGGGGAGCUGUGCAAGAAGCCCUUUGUGGCCUUGGGAAGUGGUGAAGAGAGCCCUCUGGAAGGCUAGUGACUCUUGUGCCUACCCUGGUCACCUCCUUCAGAGGCCUGGCCCUAGGAUGGCUGUGAGUACAGAGCAUGGACCAGACGCUGUUGGACAGUUUGACCCCUCCUGGCAGGAGUUAAGAGGUCAUGGCCUGGAGCAUGGGUCAAAGGGUGUUUGGGACAUCCAUCUCCAAUGGUGGGUCUGAGUAGCAGGGCCAAGUUCCCAGUGACCUUAAUAUUUUCUUUGGAAGCAGGAGCUUUUCAGGUGGCACCUCCCAAUAUGACAUUGGUACAGUACAAUAAAGACACCCCUCAUCGUUACCCACGGCUGGCUGCUGCAGCCUUGGCACCUUCA